GACUUCCUGGAAUCUAUCCCUCAUUUGACAGCGGGACAGGGAGAAGGAAAAUCGUGAACCUUCGGCGGUCAAGGAGCCACCGGGGAUCUCGAACACCCCUUCCCAGCCAUCAGACCCUCACGUACAGGAGAGCACUUUCAAGGUUUCACCUGUCGGUGGCCUAGCUCUCGAGGCGGAAAAGGCUGAAGUGCAGACGGAGCAGCCAACUCUAAGUUAUGUAGUAAAUGUCAUGGAGCGGGUGUUGGAUGUUCUCCAGGACUCAGCAAUUGCCUUGAAGGGUGGCAAGGACGACCGCUCCCGUUUCUGGGGUAUAUACAAAAGAAUCGCGGAGGAACACGACGGCGAGUUCCUUGAGCGAUACAAUGGCGACAUGGAUAUAGUGUUGGUCUUUUCCGGUCUUUUCUCUGCUAUCAGCACAUCUUUUAUCGUAGCUAUGGAGUAUAAGCUUAGUCCCGACCCCAGCGACACCACCAAUGCCCUUCUCACGCAGCUCGUCCAAAUCGGACUUGGCAACAUCGCUGAAGCGGGCUCUACCCCCGCAGCGCCAGCAUCUACAUUUUCACCGUCAACGUCGGACAUAAGAAUCCAAACGAUCGCAUACGCAAGCUUGUCCAUGAGUUUACUUGCUGCGUUCGGGGCCGUACUAGGCAAGCAGUGGCUCGGGUACUACAAGUCGAACAGAUACGGCCGCGGGUCGCAGGAGGAACGAGGGAAGCGCAGACAAGAAAAAUUUGACGGCAUCAUCACAUGGUAUUUUGAUGGUGUCGUGCAAUCCUUUCCGAUCCUACUUCAGAUCUCCCUUCUUCUAUUUGGGAUCGCCCUCAGCGCCAACAUUUGGUAUGAGCAGCCGACUAUUGCCUGGGUCGUCAUUUCAACAACGGUUUUCGGGUUCUUGUUCUAUUCCUUGACUGUGAUGGCAUCGUUGAUAUCACCCGCGUGUCCAUUUCAGACGCCCAUAUCGACGAUUUUGCGCAUGUUUCGCAUCGACAGAGUACUACGGCUGGUGUUCAAACCAGCAUCCAGGUAUUUCCAGCAGUUCACAACCUCGGUUUACGGCGAGUUACAUUUUCUUACGCAUGCACACAUUUUGAUCGUUGUUGUUAGGUGUGCUGCAGCGGCUGCGCGGUACCUUCAGGUCAAAUUGGACCCGAUUAUCUGGAGCACUGGCAGGCACUGUGUUUGUGGUCGGCUCAUUCGUACAGUGCUGUCUCCAGCUGUUAUUCGGCGCACUUCGUCACCUGAUAUCCUCCCUGGGUUCUUUGAUUCCGCCCUCUCGGACAAAGGUCAUAGACUCUGAAGCACAACCGCUGGACCAGAGCGUGUUAGUCAAUAAUCAAUCCCCACUUAACCUCAACCUCCCAGACGUACCCACCAACCGUCUUGAAGCACCUAGCAUCCUGUGGCUGCUCGAGACAUCCACUGAUCCUGAAGUAUUUCUAGCCGCUGCUGGCCUUGUUCCGCAGGUCGAA